UGGGUAUCAUGACACAUCUCCAUCCUUAUGAAGUAAAUGGCAUCAUUCGUCUACCUCCCGCAGCCUACACAUUAUCAAAAGUUGAUAAAGAAAUUAUUUUUGUGGAGCACAUUGAAAACAUUGGAAUUCAUUACUACCAAACGCUGAAGAUUUGGAGAAAGAAUUUCCUAGAAAACCAAAGUAAAAUCCAGGCCCUUGGAUUCAGUGACAAGUUUAUUAGGACUUGGGAGUACUAUUUUGAUUAUUGUGCUUCAGGUUUCAAAUCACGCACUAUCGGUGAGAUUACCAGAUUGUGUUUUCUCGUCCUGGCAAUGUGGCAACCUUACUCAUCCCAAGGGCGGACCCACAUAGAGGCGAGGUGGGGCAGUCGCCCACCUUAAAAAAAAAAAAUCGGGAAAAAAUAUAUAUGC